GGCGGGGCUCCAAGGGGACCUAGCCGAGCUCCAGGCGUGGCGGUCCAAACGCUGGGGGCGGUGCUUGCGGGGCGGGCGGGGCCGGCCGCCGCUCAGUGUGGCCGCGGCCAUGAAGAAGCUGCAGCCGCCGGGCUAGGCCCGGGGCCGCUGUAGCCCAGGGCGGCCCGCAGAGGGCCGAGCCCGGUCCUCGGUUCCGGUUUCCGGCCCGACGACGGCCGCUCACCAUGCCUGGCAAGCACCAGCACUUCCAGGAACCCGAGGUCGGCUGCUGCGGAAAAUACUUCCUGUUUAGCUUCAACAUUGUCUUCUGGGUUCUGGGAGCCCUGUUCCUGGCCAUCGGCCUCUGGGCCUGGGGCGAGAAGGGUGUCCUCUCCAACAUCUCGGCACUGACAGACCUGGGAGGCCUUGACCCUGUAUGGCUGUUUGUGGUGGUUGGUGGCGUCAUGUCAGUGUUGGGCUUUGCUGGCUGCAUUGGGGCCCUUCGGGAAAACACCUUCCUGCUCAAGUUUUUCUCUGUGUUCCUCGGCCUCAUCUUCUUCCUGGAGCUGACAACAGGGAUCCUGGCCUUUGUCUUCAAGGACUGGAUUCGAGACCAGCUCAACCUCUUCAUCAACAACAACGUCAAGGCCUACCGAGAUGACAUUGACCUCCAAAACCUCAUCGACUUUGCUCAGGAAUAUUGGUCUUGCUGUGGAGCCCGAGGGCCCAAUGACUGGAACCUCAAUAUCUACUUCAACUGCACUGACUUGAACCCCAGCCGGGAGCGUUGCGGGGUGCCCUUCUCCUGCUGCGUCAGGGACCCUGCGGAAGAUGUCCUCAAUACCCAGUGUGGCUAUGAUAUCCGGCUCAAGCUGGAGCUAGAGCAGCAGGGCUCCAUCCACACCAAAGGCUGCGUGGGCCAGUUUGAGAAGUGGCUGCAGGACAACCUUAUCAUUGUGGCUGGGGUCUUCGUGGGCAUCGCCCUCCUCCAGAUAUUUGGCAUCUGCCUGGCGCAGAACCUCGUGAGUGACAUCAAGGCAGUAAAGGCCAACUGGAACCCACCUCUGCCUCAGCGUCCCAGACUCUGAAAUGGGCCCAAGAAUGUUCUCUCUCUUGCUUGCCUCUCAGGAUCAAACAUGAUGAUGGCUACAAACUACUCAAAUAAACAAAACUUUGAAAACCACUGGCUCAGGCCCACCAUCUUGGAGGUUCUGUCUGCAGUGGGCCUCAACAGAGCUAACUUGCCCCCUGGCCCAGACCCAGCCUCCUGACAAGCUUUCUUAGGCUUGGAUAGUUUAUACCUUUUUUACAAAAUUGGCAUAUUCCACUUGAAAGUCCAGCUUCCUGCUCCCCUGAAGAAUAGUCACCUGGCUAUACCAGUUCUUUAGUGGUAAUGCCACCCAGGAUACAAGCUUCAGUGGUCACUGAGGUCCUGCCUGGCCUGUUCUCACCUAAGUGCUCUGCCUGGCCCCUGUGGGCUGGGCGUUGCUCCCCACCCAACCUCUGUGGAUUACUCCUGCAAAUCCCACAAGGCUGCUGUGGCCGAGCCUCAAGCAAGUCACAGGAUGUGAAGACUGGGGAGGCUGGACCCUGCCCGAAGAGGCCAGCCCUGCUGGGAACCGAGGUGCGUGCCUGAACGCCCAGGACAGUGACUUGAAUGGUGGGAUGGGGGGUCAAGAAGAUUUGGCAAAAGAAGUAGCUGGAAGCCUAAGGCUUAGUACCCACGAAGUUUUGGGGGGCAAUGGAUGGAUGGUUCUAUAGGUUUAGUUCACGGCUUUCCCCAUGACCUGCAACGCUGCAUUGUGGCCACCAGAGGGCGCGCCAGCACUGCAUUCCCUGGGUCUGGCUUUAGGUUCAGUCCAGGGCUUACCUUGCUUAGCACUUUCAGGUUGGUAGAACUUGAACUUCUAAAGGAGCAAACCAGCCCAGGUGAGCAGUUUGGCUGCUUCCCUCAGCUUGCCUCUUAUCAGCCACAUGCAGGGGAAUGUGUGGGAUGACCCUGCCCGGCCCCCUCAGACCUGAAUGUGAGAAGGGGUGGGCUGUUCAGAGGUCCCAGCUCAGAUGAAUGAAUGAAGUAGAUAUUUGACUGCUGAAGUCUGCACCACUUUGACUUGACUGCUGUUAACUGGAGACUGGAUGGAGAGAGCUUUGUAACAAAGGAAACAUGCCUUGGGGAACAAUAGGAUGCAGUGGGGACUGUGCCAAAACAGACUGCUGUCUGAUUUGGCAAGUCUGUUCACUUGUAGCUAAUGGCUGUGAGGUGGGGAUGCAGGUCUGACAGACAUCAGAAAUCCCAGGGAGCCAGAAAUGCAGGUUCUCUUGUGAAUUAUGCAGAUUUUUAAGUUGUUGGUAACUAAAAAUUCUGCAAACUGAACAACAAGCAUGGUGCCCAGUUUUGGCCCCUGUGGUGCUGUGACCAGAACAGUCACCCUCUGGGGCCUGGCUGCUCAGCCAUUCAGGGAUGCUGGGAGCUGCAGGCAGGUGGGCUGGGUGUGGGCAGGAUCCCCACAGCAGACAUCACUGCUCUGUGGCACAGGCCAGGCAGCGCCCUGGCUUACUAAUCGGUAGUGGCCGUGGGUGGUUGUACUUGCUACAAUAAAUGCAGCUGAAGGAUGGUGCCUGUGGCUUGUAUCUUCUAGUUUCAAGUGCCUUCACUUUAUUUUCUCCUCCCACUCUCACAACACCCCUGUGAAUUGUAGUUUGUUUUCCUGAUGAGUGGGGAGGGAGGCAGCCUGGAGCACACAGCUGCCAGGAGGCACACGGAUCUCUCCCCUCGUGCUGAACCUGUCUUGCCUUCUCCACGCAUCUGGGGGAAACCCGUGUGUACUCAAAGUAUUAACCAAUAAGGGAUAUAAGGCAGUCUUCACUCCCCCAGGAUGAGUCAACAAUCUGCUUAGGUGCUGGAGAUGGGAGGAGAAGGGUAAGGUCCCCACCCUGUGUUUUCAUGGGGAGACAAGCAAACACAUAUUUUUAAAAUACUUGCUAUAAAGAAACCAAGUGACUGCUAGGAGCCUGGGACAAGGGGCAGGAGAAAGGUUGCCAUCUCUGGUGGGGGCAGUGUUCUAUGUUUGGCACCAGUUUCUCUAGAACCUUCAAAGCCAUGGGCUUGGUGUGAGGGAGUCAGGGUUGGGGGUUAUGGACACAAGCAAUGAACCCAGGAUGGUUGGAAACGGAGUCAAUGAGAUGGGAUGGGGGUAGGGGGUAGGAGAGGUGAUGCUAGUCAGGGCCCAGAGUUCUCCUAAGCUCAGUUCUACGGAACAUUCAUUCUUAUGCCCACUCAUCCAUCCAUCCAUCUGUCCGCCCAUCCACCUGUCCAUCUAACUCCAUCCACCACUUGUCAGUCUCUUCAUCCAUCCACUCACCCAUCCAUCUCCCCAUCUAUUCACACAUCCAUCCACUCCCCCCGUCCACCGUCAUCUACUCGGGCAGGCCCUGGCUGGAUGCCGGGGUUGCUGAGGUAGCUUGCACUUGCCUGGGCCCUCUCUGAUCUCAGUCUCUUUGCAGAGGGGGACAGGGUCAGUAGCAAGUAGCACGAGGAUAGCCACUGUGUGUUAGCUUUGUGUCACUAGGACUAAACGCCUGAGAAAAUCAAAGCUCCUGA